AAGUUCUGCAAAACGUCUGCCUGUUGUAACUGGGGAAGUCCCUGGGAAAAUCAAAAUCUCUGUUUCCCAAGGUAUUAUAAAGAAUUUACAAGAUAUUGAUUCUGCAUCUUCACAAGAUCAUAUUCCAAAAUUAGAAACAACUUUCCAUACAGCAAGAUAUCCCUUAACUAUUGAUAUUCAAACUCCAUUCAAAGAAAGGAUGGUGCCUCAAUCUUUUACGCCAUCUAUAGGAAAAACCUUUCCAUUCGGUAAAAUAAAAAAUGGCACCCACGGAGCCUUCCUUCAAAAAAACGAAGCAGGAGCUGCUGAAAAACUUUCAGACUAUAAACUGCAGGUUCAAGGGGAUAUCACAAGGAAUACCUCCACUCAAGACCACAUGGACACAAGGCUGCAUGCUAUUCAACAGAGCCAUACCUCAACCAAUCUGUCACCUUCUGGAAAAUCUCUUGGGAUUUCAGCUACCCAGACUAAUUCUGACCAUGGUUCUAAAGUAAAGUAUUUGACACAGUCUGUGUGGACCACACUGUUGCCGUCACCUUUCCAUUGGAAAUCAUCAUUUUCUCUUCAUGUAAAUCAAGGUAGUCAGGCACAAGGGAGCUCUGUGCAGUCAAGAAUUUCAGGAAGGACUGCUUCAUUCAGAAAGCCUUAUGCCUCGGGUGUAAACCAUUUGGUAAUUGAUUGGAGAUCAUUUAAUAAGCGAGUCAACUGUGCAAAUAUGCCUUGUUUCCCUGGUGUGUCCUGUGAAUCAACAAAGCAUCAGACAUUCAAAUGUGGACCCUGCCCCUAUGGAUACAGCGGUGAUGGAAUACAAUGUUAUGCACUUUGCAAUCCACUGUGUGAAAAUGGAGGGACCUGUAUCAGUCACAAUAUCUGUUCCUGUGCAUAUGGAUUUGUUGGUUCAAGAUGUGAAACACUGGUUUGUAAUAAGCAUUGUCACAAUGGUGGGGAAUGUGUAGUACCAGAUGAAUGCCAAUGCAAGGCUGGAUGGAGUGGUCCUUUAUGUGAAACAGCCAUUUGCAAACCCAUUUGCCUAAAUGGUGGGACCUGUAUUCGCCCAAAUAUAUGUGCUUGCCCAUUUGGUUUCUUCGGGCUUCAGUGUCAAUCUGCAUUCUGCAAUCCUCCUUGUAAGAACAAAGGGCUAUGUAUGAGAAACAACCUCUGCUCCUGUAUGGAAGGUUAUGUUGGAGGAAGAUGUCAGAAAAGUAUCUGCAAUCCGAUGUGCAUGCAUGGUGGGAGAUGCAGCAGGCCCAAUGUUUGUGACUGCCCAUUUGGCUGGAAAGGAAAGCAUUGUAGUAUACCUGUGUGUCUACCCAGCUGCACAAAUGGAGGUGAAUGCAUAGGGCCUAACAUUUGCCAGUGCUCAGAAGGAUGGGCAGGUCUCCUAUGCCAAAUACCUCUUUGUGAUCAAAAAUGCCUGUUUGGAGGCCGAUGCAUCCAACCUAAUGUUUGUGCUUGUAGAAGUGGAUACGAUGGUCUUGACUGCGGAAAGAAG